AUGACAAAGACCAAAAACAAUGAUACCAGAGCUCAUGUUGACUUGAAGACUGGAAUUUUAUAUAAGACUUUAAAGCAAAUUAGAAAAGGAAAUGAUAUUGAUCCAGAUGAACCUGACUUAGCAAAAGUGUGGAGUUGUGAAAUCAAUCCGAAAGAAGCCAGAGCAUUAGAUCUUUUAUUAAAAAAGUAUUACGACGAUGAAGUAGACCUCAAACAUUUAAAGAGAUUUAGAAAAAUAGGAAAAGAUACACUUCAAGGAAUUAUAUGCAUAUUCAAGGAUCAAGAUGACCAAAAACGUCUAGUUUUAGAUCAAUUAAAGGAAGUGGAAUUGCAAAAACUCGAGGUUAUAGAAGUACCCAAAUUCCCAGCUUUUUCAAAAGAGAGCAUAGUCAAGUGGUCGGAAACUUGGCCUAUGCUUUGGAAAGGAAAUCCCAAUCAUCAAUUUUUAAAUUCAACUACUUUUGAUAUGGAGCAAGAAAGAACAAUGAUACUGAAUCUAUUGGCUCAAGUCAAGAAGAAUGAGUCCACUUUUCCACUGGCCACAAUAAUGGCAAAGGAUGUAAAUGGUCAACUCAUAAUUCAGACAGUAUCGACUAGUAGUGGUGGUGCCGACCCCCAAGAGCAUAGUAUAAUGAAGGCUGUAAAGGCAAUAGCGGAUAAAGAAGUAAAAAAUAGACUGUUAAACUAUCAAUUAAAAGAAGAAAGAGGUUAUCUUUGUACUGAUAUGAUAGUUUAUACAACUCAUGAACCUUGCGUAAUGUGUAGUAUGGCAUUAGUACAUUCAAGAAUCCAAAGGCUAACAUACUUGAAAUCUGUAUCGAAUGGUGGUGGUAUAGAAUCUAGCUAUUAUCUUGGUGAUUUGGAUGGUCUAAACUGGAAAUUUCCUAUAUGGAGAUGGCUAGGUGAAACCGAGUUGAAUAUUUUAAAUGAACUUAAUGAAAGUGAUGAAAGUGUAGAUUAUUAG